GGCUACAGCUCGCAGCAGCAGCAAGGUUGCAAAUUGCCAAAUCCGUUUCUGCGGGGGGGAGAGAGAGAGAGAGAGAGAGAGGGUGAGGUGGCACUGGCAGUGGCCGCGUCUCCUCCUCAUCUUUUUCUCGUCUCGUCGCCGCCUCGGCCUCCCGCCUCCCGAGCGGCGUCGCGACCCACGCCACGCGGGCGGAGCAGCAGCACCGAAAUGCGACCGCGAUGCGCCCCUCCCUCCUCCCGCUCCCGCUCCUCCUCCCCCUGACCCCCCCGCCGCCGCCCCGAACCCUAACCCUACCCUCCCGCCCUCGCCGGCGCGGGCGGCUCCUCCUCCUCGCCGCGGCGCACGGCCCCUCCUCCUCCUCCUCUUCCUCCCCCUCGCCGACGCCGCACGGUCACCGCCGCGUGUACCGUCGCCAGCGCGCGCCGAGCCCGUCGCCGCGGACGCAGGACAGGGGGAGGCAGAGGACGCCGUCCAAUGUGGUGGGGCGCCGUGGGGAGGAGGAGCUGGAGGAGGCGAUCUACGAGUUCAUGCGGCGGUCCGACAAGCCCGGGGCGUUCCCCACCCGCGCCGAGCUGGUGGCCGCGGGCCGGGCCGACCUCGCGGCCGCGGUGGACGCCAGCGGGGGGUGGCUGUCGCUCGGGUGGCCCUCCGGUGACGCAGCCGCGGCCGCGGAGGAGGGGGGACCUGGCGCAGGCAGGGCCUCCUCGUCGGUCGGCGUGCACCCUGACUACCCGCCCGAGGCGACGGUGGCGGCCGCCGGCUCUGACCUAGCGCAGGGCCCCGCGUGGGCGUCCUCGAGGGAGGAGGCGGAAGCGUCGCCGUCUGGGCGGCAGCCGGAGACGGAGGAGAAUACGGAGACGAAUUUCGGGCCUGGUUUGGAGGGGAUGCUUACCAGGCUGCAGAAGGAAAGGGAGCGGGCACGGCCGCUCCCACGGAGCAGUGCUGGAGCGGGAGGACAUGGUGACAAUGUUGCUUUAAUGGGUCAGAGUGGAGCACCCAGUCACUCUGGGACUGGUGGCAGGUACACUCCGAAGUUACCUGAGAAUGGACAUAUACAUAGUUCUCAUCCUCAAAAUGGAGCACUAGAACACAACAAAGCCUCAAAGAGUUUGACUAACGAUGCAUGGCGAACGUGGUCCCUUGACAAGGGUGGUUUUUCAGAUUUUCAAGCUGCUGAAAUCCAUUCAACUAACAGCAGGAAAUCAUUUGGACAUGAUGGCAUAGACAUUGUGCUUGCACAAGAUGAUGUUCACAGGCCAUCUAAUGGUGUGGCUGUACAUGAUUAUGGUAUUAAUGAUGUAGACUCUGAAAGAGUUGAUAUACAUGCACGGCUUCAAAAUUUGGAGUUGGAUCUUACUACCGCUCUUCAUACAUUAAGAUCAAGGUUCGACAAGGUUAUAUCAGAUAUGUCAGAAGGUGAUGGAGCUAAUGUGCCCAAUGGGCUCUCCGAUGACUGGGAAUUCGAAGAGACAAAAGUAAUGCAAGCUCAGGAAGAGCUGCGGUCAAUCCGUGCUAAAAUAGCAGUGUUAGAAGGGAGGAUGGCACUGGAGAUAAUUGAGAAGAACAAAAUAAUUGAAGAGAAACAAAGAAGGCUUGAUGAAGCUGAGAAGGCCUUGAGUGAGCUCCGUACUGUUUAUAUUGUAUGGUCUAAUCCUGCUUCAGAGGUUCUGUUGACUGGAUCUUUUGAUGGCUGGACAAGUCAGAGAAGAAUGGAAAAAUCAGAAAGAGGCACCUUUUCCUUAAACCUGAGAUUGUAUCCUGGUAGAUAUGAGAUUAAAUUUAUCGUUGAUGGUGUUUGGAGGAAUGAUCCUCUGCGUCCCCUUGUAAGCAACAACGGGCAUGAAAACAACCUUCUGACUGUCAGUUGACUUGAAGCUGCAUGUGUCAGUUCUGGUAGCAUUUUUGUAGAUUGUUAUCUAGAUCUUUGUCAACAUGAUUAGGCCAAUUCUUCCAGAACGGAAACAAAAAUAUGUGCCGGCUGGCUAGCUCAGUUCCUCCUUGUAAUUAAUCCGUUUCGCCGCAAGUCAUUACCGCCCACCCCUUCUUUUUUUGUAGAGAUUCUUACAACUUAAGCAGUGUAGGGUGCUGUCAAAAUGCCUCACCUUGUUAGAUAGGAGAAGAGAAUAGUUGUUUAUUCUUUUCUUCCCUCUCCUUUCUCCCCGGAGAAGUAUAGUUUUUGUGAUGGGCAUUCCGCUUUCAGGUGUGUUUGUACACCUUGAUUGAUUGAAUGAUGGUUUGUUACUGUGCAUAGCUUGUGGUGUCAAAACAGUCCGUUUUAACCUUCUGACCUCACUCGUGAAUUCUGGA